UAAUUAGAUAUUGCGAUUUUUUUUUUAAUUAUGGAGAUCGACGAGAACCUUAAAGAAAUGUUCGAAACGAAUUAUUUGAUAUUACAACUUCCAUUUCCGGACGAUUUUUUAUUGGAAAUGUGUCUUAGAGAAUUGAUAUGGGGCCAACCGGAACCAACUCCACCAGGUCUAAAAUUACCGUUUCUGGAAAUCCCAGUACUCAAAAAGUCUGAAAAAAUAUCAAUGGUGUGCUGCAUAGCCGGAGAAAAAGCCAUGACUGACAAGAAGAACAAGGAAGCUUUGAUAGCAUUUACAAAUGGUUUGCGUGUUGCCCCUGCAUCUUCAAAAAUAAUAGCGCACUGUUAUUAUUAUCGGGCAAUGGUUUUGUCGAAAUUAAAAGCCUAUCCUGAAUCAUUAAGCGAUAUCGAAAGAGCUCUAAAGCUCCCAAUAAGUGAGGAACAAAAAACCAGUUUGUCCAAGCGCAAGAAAAUAGUAGAUUUAAUUUUGAAUGAAUCAAAUAAAAAAUCUGAAGCAAACAAAAAAUCGGAAGAAAAUAAAAAGGAGAGAAUCCAGCUCUCAUAUGGAGAAAGUGAAGAAAUAAAAGGAGUGAGCAGCGCCAUGGCUUUAGCCUAUAAUGAGGAAUUUGGUCGGCAUUUUGUGGCAACACGUGAUAUUAAAAUUGGGGAUUUUUUAAUGAUUCAGAGUCCCUUAAUGUGGGUUAAGCAACGAGACAGUGAGGACGAUUCAAAGGGCAAAAAAUGGUUCUGUGAUUUUUGCCUUAAUUCCACUAUUAACCCUGUUCCCUGUGAAAGCUGCACAUAUUCAUUAUAUUGUUCUCUGAAAUGCCGAUCUGAGGCUUUUGAAAAGUACCAUAAAAUCGAGUGUCAAAUCGCAAAUGUCAGAUCUCCUAUGGGGCCGCAAACGACAUUGUUUUUGCGGACAUUACUGGUUGCAACAAAACAGGGCGAAGAUUUUCAGGAAGUUUAUAAUCUCAUGGAGAAAAUAAAAAAUUGUAAAGAUAAAAGAACAUCUGGUUUCAAGGAUGGAAAGUUGAAUGGUGACAGUGCGAAUGCAGUUUUGAGUUUACUGCAUCAUAUGGAUAAACAACAACUUUCUGGUAUAGUUCACCAUUCUAUCCAAAUAGUGGUUGCUUUAGUAAAGAAUACUAAUUUUUUAAAAAAGAAAAACCCUAUCGAUGUACACCAUUUGGGAAAUCUUCUCGUAUUUCUCAGUUACAUUGUCCACAUGAAUUUAUAUAGGAUUAGAAGAAAUAGUUUCAAUGAUUCAAUUGCUUUCGGAAUGUACCCAGUUUUCAACCUGCUUAACCAUUCCUGCGCAUGCAACACUUUAUCUUACGAUGAUAAAAAAAGAAAUAAAAUCUUGAGAGCUUGCAAGAACAUCAAAAAAGGCGAACAGAUAUUUGUCUCGUAUAAUACCUUCCAAGUAAUCGAAAUGACAGUGGAAGAAAGACAAAAAUUCAUGCUUCAAAAUAAGUUUUUCAAGUGUAAAUGUGACAUAUGUGUAAGAAACUACAAAUACAAGUGCGAAUUGAAAGGAGUUUUAAAAUUGCCAGCGCAUUUGAAAAAAAAGUUGCGAAAAAAACACAACGACACAGAGAUUUUAUGGGAAGUAUUGAAAUUAGUACUCAACGAAUAUAAACAUCCCAGCUGGGAAGCCAAAAUGAUUGAAUGGGCGCUGGUGGAUGCUCACUUGGGAAAUACGAAUCUGACUCAGGGUCUGUCUGGUGUUCUCAGACGUUUGUUUGGUCUGUAAAACGAGAAGAAAAGAAGGUUUUUUUAUGCGGCUUUAAAUAUUUUAUUUAAGAUAAGUACUGUUUAAAAUUGUUUCUAAUUAGGCUUAAAGGUGUG